AUGGUUACACUUCCCCACUGCUGUACCCUUCUGCUGGCCUUAAUUCUUCUCAUUAUUUCAACAUACACAUCCAAAAUAGUAACCCCCCCCAGAGGUGCCCACUACAACAAGGUAAUCGCAUCUAAGCACCAUGGUCGGAAUAGGAGUCACUUAUCCCGUUCUGAUCGGAUAAGGGGCAACUCCACGCGUAAGCUGUUCUUUCUAAAAAAGGAGAAACAAAAUGACUCUCAUUUCAAGGGGUUACACCACCUUAAGAGUUGGUUAAAUUGCCUUUUGGGUGAAAUACUGCCUGGUGAGAAUGGCCAUGGUAUGUUUCUAGGGAGAGAAAGAAGGUGGAGGCCAGGGCUGGGUGAUACCCUCGACGAGCUGCUAUACCCCCCCUACGAGAUGCAGAGGGUCGUCAGGUGCUACACGUUCCCGUCGAGCGGUGGCGGCGACGAGGGCGACAGUAUGGUGGGAAGUAAUAUGGGCAGUAAUGUGGGCAGUAAUAUCACCAGUAACAUCGCCAGUAAUAUCGCCAGUAAUAAGUAUAACCGCUUGAACCGCUGCAAGCGGAGCAGUGGCAGCGAAAGGCAAGGACGAGUGGACGCUCAGGGCGACGGAGGAAGCUGCAGCGGCCCCGCCCAAAUCGAGCGGUACAUCACCCGACAGCUAAUACAUUUAACAAGCGAACUUAUAAAAAUACAGAUCGGAUGGGAAAAAAACAAAGAGGAGGAAAAAGCAAAAUCGAGCAGUAGCCUUAACGGAAAGACAAACAGCUGUGUGAAGUGGAAUUACUAUCUGAAUAGCAAAAAUAAUCCCCUAAAAUGCUUCGUCUAUGUGGAUGUGCCAGAAGGAACAGUGAUGUUAAAGCCAGAAAAAGUAGAUGACAAGAAGAAAAAGUUUUUAAUUUCAAUCAGCGCUUUAAAUGAUAUCAGAAGGAAUAAUCAAGAGAUACUAAAAAACAUUUAUUUUAAAAAACAUGAAAUAACGUUUGACCACAUAUAUCGAAAUAGCAAUUGGAUAACUCUUCUGGUUAGCAGAUUUAUUGACCAUCCUUACCUUCUCAAUGCGUUGUCUUUUUUUUGUUUAACCUCUUGUGGGUACCUUCUCACUGAUGUGUUUUCCCAAGGGAUUCUCCACAUAUUGAGUAGCGAAAUUAUUUGGAACCCCCUUGUAUACAACGUCUGGUGUAACGUAUAUCAUACGACUUUGCCAUUGAAACUUUAUUUGGCCAAACAGACAUACUCCUACGGAAAAGUCGCCUUCGAUUUUUUUGUCAAUUAUGUAAGAUCGAAAUUGAUUAGGUUAGAAACGUCUUUAAUUAAUUCUUCGUUGAAGCGGAAAGUGGAAUUAGACACUCGUCAGGAAAACAGGUAUGACUAUAAAAUGUUUUCCAUUUCGACUCAGUGUGACAUUUCGGACGAGGAAGAAGAGGACUUCACGUACCUUUGA